CUCAGGUGCCCCAGGAGUCAGAAAUGGCCCAUCUCAGGGCUGAGAUUCAGCGGCUGCAGCAGAAGGUCCAGCAGCUAGCCCAGGCGUCCCAGGAGAUGGCCUGGCUCAGGGCUCAGAAUCAACAGCUUCAGCAAGAACUUCAAGAGGCCAAGAGAAACCAGUGGAACCAAUUUUUGCCAAAGUUUAAAACAGAUUUCCAUAUCCAGGUCCAUGCCACUGGCAAGACUGGUGGCUGUGAAAAGGAGUUCUUAAAGAAGGUCUCUGAAGGUCUCUCCAAGAUCCACCUUAAGCCGGAGAGGUAUCAAGAGGGCUCCGGCCACUUUCUGCUGGUCUUCUGCCCUGUGGCCUCCCGAAUGGGCACCGACAUGGAAAACGCUCUUGAGGGUCUCCAAGGUGAGCCGAAGGCUGUCUUGGUGGUGAUGCAUCACAUAUCAAAGGAAUGCAACCUCUUUGUAGACACCAAGGUGAAGGCACAUCACCCAGCCGUGGUGUGCACCGUCCACGUUCGCUUCACCAUCCAAGAAGGCUUCUACGCCUGCCCGAUGAAUGAGGAGGCCGUGGCCAAUGUGGCCGAAGUCCUCGAAGAACACAUCAAAGCGGGGAAGCGGGACCUCGCAAUCUCUGGCGCUCCGUCCAAGUCUCAGAAUCUGUAGUGCUUUCAGGAUGCUGCGAGUUGCCAGGCAUCUCAUUAUUGGGAGGAAAAGGGCAAAAAGGAUAAGGACAUUGGUGAUACUACACUAAAUGAUACUACAAUUAUUAUUUUACGUUGGUCUCUCUGUACCCACAGAUUCAGCCAUCUAUGGCUUGGAAUAUUUCCAAUAAAAAGGAAACAUUAUUUAUUAUUA